CUGAAGCUUGAAACGGAAGUUCUGGAUGGAAAGCCUAGGCUAAUUUUAGCUUCUUCAGAUAAAUUAAAGCCUGCAAUGAAGAUGGGUCAUAAAGCCAGAGCACCUAAACAGGCAUUGAGAAUAAGACAUACUGGGCAUGUUCUGAGGUCAACACAAAAUGCUUGUAUCAAGCAGGAAAACUUAACAAAACCAAGGAGUGCAUCAAGCUUAUCAAUGACAAAAGGUGAAAAACUGCAAGUACUUAAAUACUCCUCACAUGAAGCUGCAACUAAAGAUCACUCUUUGAUUUUCCAAAGAGAUAGCACAAACAGAUACCCUGAUUCAGAGAAUCCUAUUGAUGUUAAAAAAAGUAAACCGAAACCUCAAAAUGCAUGUGUGUCAGCUGAAGACCUAAGUAGUUUGGCAUGUUUAACACAAGAACAGCUUCAACAGAUAUUGAUGACUGUAAAAGAAGGAACUAGAAAUAUCUAUGAGACUCAUGAAAAGCAAGAGAAAAUGGGUACUAAUGAGCCAUCAGAGGAAAACAUUACAGUGCUGCUUCAAAACACUUGUGAAGUUUCAUCUGUUGAUGAAGCUAACUCUGAUUCAAGCAGGAAACAAGAAGCAUAUCCGCAGCCAGGACAGAAAGUUAUAAAGGAUCCGUGGAAACCUGCUGACAUGUUUAGUACCUUGGGUGAAAGAGAAGGGGAAAAAGCCUUACUAGAAUUUAGAAAGAAGGAAUGGAAGAAGGAAUUAGAUGAACAGGUAGCACUGAAGAAGAAACUGAAAGAAACUUUGGAGGGAGAUGUGUGUUUUUUCUGGGCAAAACCUGGCAAUAAUAAAGGCCAUAAAGAGAAAGUGGAAACAGGUGACCUAGAUAAGGAAGCUGUGCCGCAGGAACGACCUUUUAGUGCUUUGAAGCAUGAGCAACAGAAGAAGUGGCUUGAAGAGCUGGACAAACAGAAAGAAGAAGCUAAGCUACGAAAAAUAGAAGAAAAGCUUAAUUUAUCAAAGGUUGAAGAGCAUGACAGAUGGGCAAUGCAUUUUGAUUCGUUAAAGAGCCACCUUAAUGCUAGUGCACAACACCCCUUAAAUGGAAUGUACAAAAAGCAGCCUGAAAGUCUUUGCCUGUCACCUGACCCUAAGGAGCUGACUGCUUUUAUUCACCCUUUGUCACCUGCAGCUUUAGGCAACCUUAUGCCCUCAAAGGUGGGAAAUGCAGAUGCAGAAAAUGCUGCUAAAAACAGUGCUUUGGAACGCGGUCAGAAAGUCAGUUUCUUCCGUUCAAUGACAGCGCUUCUGGACCCUGCACAGAUUGAAGAGAGAGACAGGCAGCGGCAGAAGCAGUUAGAACAUCAGAAAGCAAUAAUGGCUCAGGUAGAAGAAAAACGAAAGAAGAAACAACUGGAGGAAGAGCAGAGAAAAUGGGAAGAACAAAAGGAAGAACAGCGCCUAGCACGAGAAAAAGAAAAAAUGAAGAAACAGUUUGAAGAAGAGGUGCUGAAACAGAAAGAAAAGGAGGAACUUGUGACUCUCAGAACAAAUGAGCUCUAUCAGACAAUGCAGAAAUCUCAAGAAUUAGCGCAGAGAAUAAAACAAGAACAGCGCAUUCAAGACUUGACUCAGAAGGGACAUGAUACUUCACAACUUCAGAAGAAUCUUGGUGGUGGUAAAACAGAAUUUGAAAAUUGUAAUAGUGACACUUCAUAUCAAAGUCUUAAUUUUUCUGAUGACGUUAAGAGUCACAUUGAUCAGCACACUUCUCCUCGGAAAGACACUGCUGUACAGACAGAUGACUUUAAUACUUCAGCAUACACUGAGUCAGCUGAGGAAAGAACCAUGUGUUGCAGAUCGCCUGCUAUUUCCAUAGAAUAUAAAGAAACCUCUAGCAGCAAAAAAUACCAGAAGGAAAUGCAGUACAUAGAUAAAAAUAAAAUUUCAGGAAAAGAGACUGGUGGUGGAUACAGUGAUCUGUAUGAACAGUAUGCAAGAAAAGAAAGACAAAUUAAGUCUUCACAAAAAUACAGUGAAAGACCUGACUGGAACAUAAACAAGCCAGGGAAAAGAUACAUUCCAGCAUCAGAAAGAUACCCUAAACAGCUACAAAAACUAAGGGAAGAAAACAAAGUAAGACGGCAAAUGGAACUGCUUCAGUUGGUAGAAAGAAAUACCUCUGGGAAUCUCUGCCCAAAGAAGGGUGGUUGUUCAGACAGGUCUCCUUCACCUCGUGAAGAAAUAAAUAAGAGGAACAGGGGACUCAGAGUCAGAAAGGAGGAACAAUUACAUAAGAAUAAUCUGAAUGAAGAAAGAUCUGAAUCACCACCUGUUCCAGCAUUUAAGAACAGAUUACACCAAGUACAACAAAAACAAACACACGCUUCUAAUUUCCUGGUACAUAACAACAGUAGUAGAAGAGAGAAAAAUACCAAGACAGAUACACAGCAGAGGAGCUCCCCUCCUCCCGUUGCGGAAGCUGGAAGACCUCCCUCUUCGCAAUUUAUUCCGUAUGUUCGAACAAAUGAAGUAUAUUGUCUUGAUCCAGAUGCACCAGUGACUAGACCUUCAACACAUGACCCACAGUGUCCACAGUCUAAUGAUUCUUACCAAAUGCCACGACAGAUUUUUAGCUCUGACCAUGUUAGAGAUCCUCUUCUAAAUCCUGACGUAGUUAAAAUCAGAGAGAGACAACAAGCAAUUCUCAAAGGAUUGUCAGAAUUACGCCAGGGCCUCCUGCAGAAGCAGAGGGAGUUGGAGACUGCUCUGAUUCCUUCUUCAAAAGAGAAGAAAAUCUGGGGCAAAAACUGUUUCUCUUCUAGGUUUCUGCAGAAACCUGAACUCGUGGUAGUUGUUCUGUGCCAGCAGGUGGUAACACCACAGGACCUCCACCCUGAGAUACCUCCCAGCAGCAACCGUUGUCAGACACAACCUGCACUGACCGUGUCUUGCAGCAGCAGCCAAGGGAACAACGGUGCACUGCUCGGCUGUGUGCCAUCGGGUCCUGCAGGAGAUGCUUCCAACAAAUACAGGCCAUCAGGAUUUAAGUAA